AUGUCCUACAAGACCCGCAAAGAGGUGCUUCCGCGGUCGGAAAUUGAGGCGCUCAUCGCCGACGGCCACCACAUUGUCAUCUACAACGGCAAGGUGCUCAAGCUGGACAACUGGCUCGAUCGUCACCCUGGAGGAGACAUGGCCAUUUUCCACGUGGUUGGACGGGACGCCACCGACGAAAUCAACGCAUACCACAGCGACGAGGCCCUGGCCACCAUGGGCGCCUACCAGAUUGGAAUCACUGGCGAAAAAAUCUGGGAAAACUUUCUGCCACCUAUCCAGGGAGGAGUGUUUCGAAAACGGGGCAGUAUUGCUGCAGAUGAGGGCAUUUCGCUGUCCAGCAGCGCAUCCAGCUCAUCACAGGAGGCAGUGACUCAGAAACCCGCGCCCAUUUUUACGAACGAACAAAUUCUCAAGGCGGAAAGACUUAAGCUCAUCGAGGAGGACGAGAACAGACAGCUCCAGCAUGACCUUGAAAUCUUUCCCUCUCUCGACUACAACACCCAGACGGAGAUUGGAACAAAGUACAAGGCCCUGUACAAGCGUGUCGAGGACGCUGGCUUGUUUGAACCCAAUUACAGAGGCUACUUCAGUGACUUUCUUCGAAUCUCUACCAUGUUCAGUCUGUCAUGGUACCUGUUUGACAAGUCCAUGUUCCUCUCCGCCAUUUGUCUGGGCAUGGGCUGGCACCAGCUAGUCUUCAUUGCUCAUGAUGCCGGCCACAUUGGUAUCACCCAUGGCUACCAGAUGGACAACUGGAUCGGAAUGACCAUUGCCGCUUGGAUUGGAGGUCUGUCUUUGGGCUGGUGGAAGCGAAACCACAACGUGCAUCACAUUAUUACCAACGACCCUGUGCACGACCCCGAUAUCCAGCAUCUUCCCGUAUUUGCUGUAUCCAACCGAUUCUUCUCGUCAGUCAAGUCCACCUACUAUAACUGUGUGCUCAAGUACGACAUCUUCGCUCGAUACCUCAUUCCCUUGCAGCACAUGACCUACUACCCCAUUUUGUGCCUGGGUCGAUUCAACCUUUACGCUCUGUCAUGGGGCCAUGUGCUUCUUGGAAGAGGCCCUCGACACGGUAAGGCUGCGUGGUUCCGAUGGUACGAGCUCAUGGGACUCUCCUUCUUCGCGUACUGGUUCUUCUACCUCAUUGUGUACAAGAGCAUUCCCACUGCCGGCCAGCGAUGGAUGUAUGUAAUUGUGUCGCACGUUGCUACUAUGCCUGUUCAUGUGCAAAUCACUCUGUCGCACUUUGCUAUGUCCACCCAGGACCUGGGUCUGUCGGAGUCCUUUGCCCAGCGACAACUGCGAACCACUAUGGACGUGGAUUGUCCUGCCUGGCUCGACUUCUUGCAUGGAGGUCUGCAGUUCCAGGCCAUCCACCACCUGUUCCCUCGAAUGCCCCGACACAACUUGCGAAGGGCACAGCGGUACGUGCUUGAGUACUGCAAAGAUAUUGGCGUGGAGUACCAUAUCUACGGCUUUGUGCACGGCAACCAGCACGUGAUUGGUAAGCUGGGCGAGAUUGCCAAGCAAGCCGAAAUCUUCCGUGACUGUGAGCGACAUCUUCGAGAGGAACAUGUUGCUGAGAUGACUGAGGCCAAGUAG